ACUUAAUGUGAACUUUUUCCGCCUAUGAUUCCCGACAAACAAACCCUCAACCAAAACACAUCAAAUCCAAAACACUGCCCUCCUCAUUCCACUCUCACUCACGCACAAACUUAGACACGCGAACAAGUGUGGGAUACAGCGAGAGUUGCAGAGACGCGAUCUGAUACUCAGCAGUGUCGGACACGGCGAGAGUUGCCGAGGGAGAGGCAAUGCGGAUCUGAUACAAUUAUACAUAGAGGGGAAGAAAAAGGCGGUAAUUGUCUGAAAAUGGGGCACAUAACCCUAACUCCAAAGAAGCUCCAGCCUCGGGGAUGGCGGGUUCUGGACCUCAUCUCCGCUGCCUUCUUUGCGGCAGUUUUGGCGUUCUUCCUCCUGGUUUUCACCCCUCUUGGGGACUCUCUCGCCGCCUCGGGCCGGCAGGCGCUGGCACAGGCAUCGGUUCUUGACCUGAAGCAGCGGGCGGAGGUGGCCGGUCUCGCCGAGAUGGGACGUAAGGUGCUGGAUUUUUGCUCCUUGGAAGCAGUGGAUGCAGAUUACAUGCCGUGCGAGGACCCGAGGAGGAACAGCCAGUUGAGUAGAGAGAGGAAUUUUUACAGGGAGAGGCACUGCCCCAAACCGGAGGAUUCGCCGCUGUGUUUAAUCCCACCGCCGGAGGGGUACAGGAUCCCAGCGCAGUGGCCAGAGAGCAUGCAUAAGAUAUGGCAUAGCAACAUGCCCCAUAACAAAAUUGCAGAAAGGAAAGGCCAUCAAGGGUGGAUGAAGGAGGAAGGCCCAUAUUUCAUUUUUCCUGGUGGUGGCACUAUGUUCCCUGAUGGAGCUGUUCAAUACAUUCAGAAACUCGGGCAGCACAUACCCUUAGGUGGAGGUGUUUUGAGGACUGCUCUGGACAUGGGUUGUGGAGUUGCCAGCUUUGGUGGAUACAUGCUUAAAGAAGACAUGUUGACCCUUUCAUUUGCUCCUAGAGAUUCACACAAAGCUCAGAUACAGUUUGCACUGGAAAGGGGCAUACCGGCAUUUGUGGCUAUGCUUGGCACUCGGCGGCUCCCAUUUCCUGCAUAUGCAUUUGACCUAGUCCACUGCUCUCGGUGUUUGAUCCCAUUUACUGCAUAUAAUGCUACAUAUUUUGUUGAGGUGGAUCGGUUACUUCGACCAGGAGGCUACCUUGUUAUAUCUGGCCCCCCUGUACAAUGGGCCAAACAAGAAAAGGAAUGGUCUGAUCUGCAAUCUGUGGCUCAGGUUUUGUGCUACGAGCUGAUUGUUGUGGACGGGAAUACUGUAAUUUGGAAGAAGCCUUCGACUGAUUUGUGCGUGCCUAACCAAAAUGAAUUUGGGCUUGAUCUCUGUAGUGAAUCUGAUGACCCAAGUUAUGCAUGGUACACAGAGUUAAAGACUUGUAUCAGCAGGAUAUCAUCUUUAAAAGGAGAAAACUCAGUGGGGUCCCUCCCAAACUGGCCAGAGAGGCUAAGCAAGGCCACUCCAAGAGUUUCUUUUAUGAAGAAUGGUGCAGAUAUAUAUGAUGCUGACACAAGGCGUUGGGUUAGGAGAGUCGCAUACUAUAAGACUAAUUUGAACAUUAAGCUUGGGACCCCAUCAAUUCGAAAUGUCAUGGAUAUGAAUGCAUUCUUUGGAGGCUUUGCAGGAGCCAUUGUCUCGGAUCCUGUUUGGGUUAUGAAUGUUGUUCCUGCUCGGAUGCCUUCCACUCUGGGUGUGAUCUAUGAUAGGGGCCUCAUUGGACUCUACCAUGACUGGUGUGAACCUUUCUCGACCUAUCCUCGAACUUACGAUCUUCUUCAUGUGGUGGCCAUUGAUUCUUUGAUAAGAGAUCAGAAUUCAGGAAACAGCAGGUGUAACCUUGUUGAUCUCAUGGUAGAAAUGGAUCGGAUACUGCGGCCGGAAGGUACGGUUAUUGUUCGAGACUCUCCCGAGGUCAUAGAAAGGGUUGCACGUGUAGCACGUGCUGUGCGAUGGAGUGCGACCAUUCACAAGACUGAGCAAGAAUCGAGUGGGAAAGAGAAGCUUCUCGUUGCAACAAAGAAGCUUUUGAAGUUGCCUUUGGCCUCCCAUUGAUUCUUCUCCUUUUUGACUCCUGACUCGUGUAUUUGGUUUUUUCUUUCCUUUUUUUUUUUCUUCCUUUUCUUUUCUUUUUUUGAGCUUAUUGUAAUGGAUGGAAUUUGAAGCUUUUUAUUCAUGUAUUUUGUGUAAGAAAAACGGUUUCCAAAGGAUGCCACAAGUGUCAUAUAUUGCAGAGUUGAAAUUAUCUA